GAAAAAUACUUAGCAAGGUCAGCUUCAGGAGGAACUAGUAUUUCUUGUUCAACUGGUAUGUGAUGACAGCUUUUUUACAAGUAGAAGACCACCUCCAGCAUCGUCCCAGUAUUUAUUCAUCUCAAGGAGCAACCUUUACCCUUUAUUUUCUCCAGGGAACAGGACUACAUCAAAAACAUGAACAAUUUCGACCGCAGGGCCGGCGAGCAGGAAAAUAAAAUGCGGCACGAAAUAAAGAUGGAUCACAACAUCAAGAAGCCCACCGUCCGCUACUUCCCCCGGCCGGAAAACUAUUGGGAAGGGCAACGAUUCAACAUGAAUAUCACAGGUAAAAAGUGUUACAGUUACACAUUUGUAGUCAAUUCAGCAACACAAAUUUGUCUGCAUGAGAGAGAAAACUUGUAUUAAUGCAGAAAUCCUACGGGAAAACACCUCUGAAACGAGGCUUCUAGGCGUAUCCGGUAUGACAGAGCUUGUCUGUCUUGCUUGGCCUGCAACACAAUGUGUAACUGUAACACUUUUUUGUUGCGAUAAUGAACAAACAUGUUUUAUUGCACGAUUGGAUCAAAGAGAAGUAUGGUUGUGUGACCACGAGCAGGCAGAAGGCCGAUGAAAGGAGCGAGGACGCAGGUACUUCUAGAAAUACGCUUAUUCGACUCGGUCCGAGCCUGGUGGAUAUUCUGGACCCGACAGUAGAAGUUGUCCCCUCGUCGUCCUCGUCCGCCACCUCCGAAGAUUAUAUGCAACUAGCUGGGGCCCCCGUGGGGGACACAACAAGUAGAAUCACCAGCAGCAGUUCAAGUUCUGGGACCACAGGCACAGCACAAGAAUUUGUUCCAGGCCCCGCAGCUUCCACGACCACACGUCCCUCCACGUUUCUCCAGAGGGUGGAAAGAGCGAUCCCAAACUUGCACACAAGCACCUUUCUCAACCGGGUGGAAAAGCAGUACUUUUCCGACCCACUCGCCGCAGUGAAGGAGUUCGAGGUGCCCUGCGAUGAGACCGUGUGGCGAAACGAGAUGAAAGACUGCGCCGGCACGCUUGCGGCUUGUGAGGAUGCGCUGAAUUCUUACUUUUGCGCGGGCGACGCAAGAACUACCAUUUUUGGCGGCGAUGCACCAAACGACAAAGAGGAAAAGCCGAUGAAACCCGCUAUCGGCUUCAACAUCGGCGGGGGUAGUCACCACGCGGCUCCGUUUUGGGGCGAGGGGUACUGCGUUCUAAACGACGUGGCGAUCGCGUUACAAAUUCUGCGCAGCGAAGGGAAGUUGCCGCACGGAGCGGUGGUCUUCGAUUGCGAUGUGCACCAGGGAAACGGGACGAGCGCCUUUUUCCCUAUGACGCCCUCAGAAUGGAAAUCCUCAAAGUGGAAAUGAUUUGUGACGCAUGAAAUGCGACACCAGAAAGACUGCAUUGCAGAGAACGCAAUGGAGGCCGGCUAUUGUGCCUCUACGGGUUCAGAAUUGGGCUGCUGAUUAGCAUGAGAGAAGGGCACUCCUUUGCCUAACUAGCAUGACAGACACGUUUUGAGUGCCCGGGAAAUUUGUCAUGUGCCGACUAGAAAUGCAAAUGGUGCGCCAACUGAAGUCGUUUUUUUGCAUUACAAAUUAUUUUCAUUUUGAGGAUUUCCAGCCUGAGGCUUUCAUAUUCCCACCUUGUUACCGGCAGAAGUUCGCUUUCCACGAUCAUAUUACAGGCACAGCUGCUCCUGGCGGGGGGAAUGCGGUUGGCAAUGAAAAUCUUCAUGGAGCGAAGAAGAUGAAGAUGCACAACAACAACGGUCAUCAUCUUGACGGCACCAGCAUGACAACUAGUCAGGGGAAAAAAUACAAGGACGGUUACGUGUACAGCGUUUUGGAUCAUGAAGACAAGACCGGAGUGAAAUACCGGGAAGUCUUAUCAGCGAACAAUUGGGCAAAUUUCUCCGAUGGAACAACGACGAGCAACGAAAAUGAUUUCGUCAUCGACCACCUGUAUCAAAGGCUUGAAAUCGCCCAAGUAGGAGUAGCCCCGAACGAGUUUCUGGUCGCCGGAUCCCCUCAUCCGACGCAGCAAGAAGAGCAACAACUCCAAGAAACGAAAAAAGCGGCGAACAAGAACUCGAACGAUCCCUCCAGGACGAUUGGUGCUAAUAUGAAGGUGAUCUCCUUAAAGCCCCCGGUACACAUAUCCAAGAAAAAGAGUGUGUAAGUGUAACUUUCUUUGAGAAACAGCAUCACAAAUUUGCUCUACAUGACAGAGAAAACCUGUCAUGCGUGGCUUGUAAGGGAAAACACACAUGAAAAGAGGACUUCAUGGCUGUCUGGCAUGACAGGCGCAACUCUGUUGCAUGUUCUGCAACACAAAUUUACACUUACACAGUUUUUUUCUUGCAUAACACAAGAAUCCGCUCCUUUCCCAGUGGAUGUACGACGAAAAUUUGCCGGUGGACGUCAUCGACCACCCCUAUCCACAGUAUAUUUCCCGUACACGUACAAAUGCAGUCUCUGCAUGACAAAACUUGCCUUCAAUCCUAGUCUAGCAUGACAAGUUGCACACUGCAAGUUAGCGAAAUUUGUCAUGCAUUUUGUACAUGUACGGGAAAUUUACAUUGCAUAACCCCUACGUGAUGACCAUUUCCCUUCACGAAAACCAAAAUUUUCCCCACUGGCGCCCGCCCAGCACUGUGGAUGUGGAACUAAGAACAUCCAUGCAGGACGAAGAAUACUUGAAAAUUGUCCAAAACCAGCUCACGGAAUUGAAACACCAGAUCCGAACGAACACUCUCUUCCCCUGGCAGAUAAGAAAGACCGCGACCUUGUUGCAGCAGCCCUUGUCAACAUCUCAACAGAACAACGGUGCUGGUAGAAGUUCUUCUGGAGAUGAACCGCGAGGACGACCCUCGCUGCUGGUCUACGUCGCCGGUGCGAACCCGUACGAGCGAGAUACGCUGGGUGGGCUGAAGAUCACGAAACAGGGGCUGAAAAAACGGGAUAGACUUGUGUUUGAAUUCUGCAGGGAGCAGAAGAUCCCGGUCGCUGUGGUUUUGGCGGGGGGCUACGCGAUGGAUGUGAAAGAUGUGGCGGAUAUCCAUUUUGCCACCUUUGAAGUGCUGUACGAAACGUUUUGUGGGCCGGCGCCGCCGGUGUCGGUGAUGGAAAAGUGAGAAGCUUUAGUAGAGGAAUAAAUAUCGUCGAAGGUGCGCAUGAUUACAUGGAAUGUUGUUCUGGAGUCUUUGGUGUUUAUCCUUUUUAGAGGACUAGUACACAGUUUACUUCGAGGAACUCCAAUCUAUUUUCGUGAAGCAUCUUCAGCUAUUGUUAUUGACACUGUACUUGAAGAUCUACAAUUUGGCAGCUCCCCCUGCGGCACUAGUAGCUGAUCAUUUGAAUCUCUCAUCAGUGCUGUGAUCUUUUAACAAAAGGACCCUACCUACUACUAAGCAACAAGCCCUGUCACAGGCUGAAAGAACAGCACAGAAAGGAAAAUCAUGAGACUUAUUUUCACUAGCUUUUAUUUGAGCGAGGUAACAAAAUAAAACAAGAGGGCCUCGGGGGACCUCUUGUCCGCCCGGCCGGGUGGACAAGAGGUCCCCCCCUGUCGCUGCCGGAGCGGCUGGCUCGCAGAAGUCCCCCCCCGCGUCGCCGCGUCGGCUCCCACCGCCGCCGUCGUCGUCCGCCGCUCGCUGGGUGGCGGCUAUAUGCUUUCCACAAGUGUAGAUGAGUACCGCGGUAGUAGCGGGGGCCGAUACGACGACGGCGGCGGUGGGAGCCGACGCGGCGACGCGGGGGGGGACUUCUGCGAGCCAGCCGCUCCGGCAGCGAAAGGGGGGGACCUCUUGUCCACCCGGCCGGGCGGACAAGAGGUCCCCCGAGGCCCUCUUGUUUUAUUUUGUUACCUCGCUCUUUUUGAUUUAGGUCCUUUAGUAGAGAAGUUUUACUUUUAGCACGUUCGUCGAGAGAUGAGAGCUCGAGCUGUGGAAUGAGAUACUAACGAGCAGUAGUCGGUCCCAUGCGACCUUCUUGAGGUUGGAGAGAUGAAUAAAGAGAAUUCUUGCGUAGCUUCUUGGUGAAUAGAGAAAGAAAAAAAAGCGUGGAUCUUGCAACGAACAGGACGUCGUGCAGCG